AGCAGCUUUCCUCUGGCUGUGUAUGUUGUUGUUGUUAGAGAAAGCAACGCUGCAUGUGAUGCUAAUGUUACUUUAGGGUCACUGCUGCAGGUAGCUAUGUCUUCUUCCGGAGGAAUUCACGGACUUCUUCUGAAACUUCACGAAUCUCUCUCAGAUGAAGACAGUCGAGCUGCAGCUCUGAAAUGUCAUGAUAUAGUCGGCGACUUGGGACAGGAGUGCAUGCUCACAACAACUGAGAAUGAACUCGCUUUACAGACAUCCUUAUUGUUCUCAAAAGACUAUGGACUGCUCAUCUUCCUUAGAAAGUCCCUCUCAUCAGAUGACCUUCGCGACACCCGAGUUGAAACCUUGGGGUUUCUGGAGAAGUUUUUGGAGAAAGUUUCUCCAAGACUCAAAGGUUGGGAGAAGACUUACGCCAUUGACAUAAGAGACACAUGCAUGGCCGUCUAUUCAAAGGAUAAAAUAGCCAAAUGUAGGACUCAGGUGUUGGACCUUCUUAUUAAGGUUCUCCAAACAACAAAGGCUUCCACUGUGGUGGCAGACUUCAAAAUCUGUGACAUAUUCAACAGAUUUUAUGGCGAGCUCUGUCAGAAGAGCAAACUUCCAGAUUCAGUCCUUGGCAAAAUCUAUGAGCUGCUGGGAGUGCUCGCAGAGGUUCACCCCAGCGAGAUGGUCAAUAACUCAGACAAACUCUACAAAGCCUAUCUAGGAGAGCUAAAAGAACAGAUGACCUCUUCAACAAAGGAGCCGAAACUUUUUGUAGUUGCCGGAUGUUUGAGAGGAAUCACUGCUCUAAUGGUCAACUUCACUAAAACUAUGGAAGAAGACCCAGUGACAUCCAAGGACAUUUUUCAGUAUGCCCUGAAAGCAAUAAGUCCGCAGAUGGAAAUGAGUCGCUAUGCUGUCACAUAUGCUGGGCUCAGAUUAUUGGGCAGACAUGCAUCCCAGUUCAGCAGCUGCCUUAUGGACCACUACAGAGCUUUGUUUGAUGUCAUGUCUAAGCUGUGUGGACACAUCAACGGCGAGAUGAAAAAGACAAGUUACUAUGCACUCGAGGCCUUCCUCAAACAGGUUGCAAUGCUUGUGGCGGAAAAUGUUGAGGAGCACAAAAACAAGCUGAAGUUCUUCAUGCAGAAGUUUUGCAGCAUCAUUAAGACUAUGGACUCAACAUACAAGGAGCUGUCCAUCGCCAUACGAGGAUAUGGAUUCUUUGCAGCUCCAUGCAAGAAGGUUUGCCCACAAGAUGUAGACUUGAUGUACACAGAGCUGAUUCAGCGGUGUAAACAGAUGUACCUGACUGAGUCUGAUAGUGAGGACGACAGCUUCUACCAGCUGCCCAGCUUCCUGGACUCUAUAGCCAGUGUCUUGAUUCACCUGGACAAGAUUCCAGAGGUGUAUACUCCACUACUUGAGCGUCUCCUCGUGGUGCAGAUCGACACCUUUCCUCAGUACAGUGAGAGAGUGCAGAGCGCUUGUUGCAGGUCCAUCCUUAAGGUGCUGGUAGCAGUUGCCUCUAAAGGACCUGUACUGUGGAGUUUCAUCAGCUCUGUGUUGCACCAGGGAUUGAUUCGUGUUUGUUCAAAACCCCUCAUGCUCUCAGAGGACAAAGAUGAUCCAGAGAACUCCCAAAUUCGUGUUGGAAAGUGGAAAAUUCCUUCUAGUCAGAACUACCUCGCUCUCUACAAAAGCUUGCUAGACUGUGAUCACCUGAAGGAUUCUGGAUUUUUGGACGGAGCUUUUGAGAGUCAGAACGCCUCGCUCGUGUCUUUGAGUCGUCUUCUUUAUGACGAGCUGGUGAAAUCGAUUCUCCGCAUUGUGGAAAAACUGGACUUGUCUGUGCAGAAAAUCACUCCAGGAGAGGAGGUGAGGUGUCACUCUCAGGAUGCGGCCCAUGUCCUGCCCUCCUCUGACCCCACAGCCCAUCUUUUGCCUAAUAAGAUCAAAGACUUCACGGCCUUUAUCAAUCUGGUUGACUUCUGCAGUGAGUUGUUGCUGACUAAACACGUGGAGUAUUUCCAGUCUUGGAUAUACCCCCUAAGCCAUGAACUUAUCCUCCACUCUAUAAGAAAUCCACUUGUCAGUGGCUUUUACAAGCUGCUCUCUGUCACCAUGAAAAUUGCCAAAAGAAUAAAGUACUACCAGGGAGUUGGCCUGAGAAGUUCCGCUCUUCCUCAGAGUGACACAGUGAAAAGUGCUUGUUUUGCCCUGUUUUCAAAGUUUGGAAAAGAGGUGUGUGUGAGAAUGAAGCAGUACAAAGAUGAGCUGCUGGCCUCUUGCUUGACAUUUGUCCUCUCGCUGCACCACAACAUAGUAGCUCUGGACAUCAAGGCGUACUGUCCUGCUCUCGAGGUGGCUCUGAAGUUAGGUCUGAGCCACGUUCCUUUGGCCAACGCAGCCCUCGAUGCUCUCGAGGACUGGUCCUCCCACAUCCCUGUUGAGACUAUGCAGCCCUGCUACAAGAACAUCCUUCCUCUUCUGGAUGGAUACCUGAAAACCACCACCAAUGACAACAAAGAAGAGAGCAGCUGGGAAGUGAUGUCUUCCAUAUCUUCAAGAAAUGACAAAGGUUACAGCAGAGUGAUGACGAGGCUCUUGAAGCAAUCCAAGCAGCUUGUCAUGGAAGAUGCUCCUCUUGUCAUGGUGAGGCUCAGGGUGGUGAAGUUGCUCGGACACCUGGGAGGAAAGAUGAACAGAAGCCUUGUAACUGUGGUCUCAUCAGAGGACAUGAUGAAGACAUUUGUUGCCUGGGACUCUGAGAAAAGGCUCAGCUUUGCAAUACCAUUCAGCGAUAUGAAGCCAGUCAUCUACCUCGACCCAUUCCUGCCUCGCAUCAGUGAGCUGGCUCUGUCCACAAGUGACAGACAAACUAAAAUAGCAGCUUGUGAGCUGCUCCACAGCUUGGUGGUCUACAUGAUUGGAAAGAGCGCUCAGAUGGUGGAGGGGGAGAACAGUUUACCGCCUAUGUACAAGCUGCACAAGAGGCUGUUUCCUGUGUUGUUGCGUCUGGCUUGUGAUGUCGAUCAGGUAACCAGACAGCUCUUUGAACCGCUGGUUAUGCAGCUGAUUCACUGGUUCACAAACAACAAGAAAUUUGAGAGCCAAGACACAGUAGCUGUUCUCGAGGCCAUUCUGGAUGGCGUGGUGGAUCCAAUGGACAGCACUCUCCGAGACUUCUGCGGUCGCUGCAUCGAAGAGUUUGUGAAAUGGUCAAUCAAACAAACUACGCCCAAGCAGCAAGAGAAGAGCCCUACUAACAUGAAGUCAUUGUUCAAGCGCAUCUACAGCUUGGCUCUCCACCCCAAUGGGUUCAAAAGACUUGGUGCUGCUUUAGCAUUCAAUAGUAUCUACAGACUAUUCAGGGAGGAAAAUUCCUUGGUGGAACAGUUUGUCUUUGAAGUGCUCGUCAUAUUUGUAGAAAGUCUGGCUCUUGCACACUCAGAUGAGCGAUCGAUGGGUUCAUUGCAGCAGUGUCGCAGUGCCAUUGAUCAUCUGAAAAGAAUCAUCAAAUACAAGGCCUCUAGUCUCAAUCAGCACAAUGCCAAGAGACGCAUCCCACGGGGAUUUCCACCUGAUGCAAAACUAUGUCUGUCAGACGUGGUUUUGUGGCUUUUAGAACAAUGUGGCCGACCUCAAACUGAGUGUCGCCACAAAUGCAUGGAACUCUUCUACGAGUUUAUUCCUCUCCUCCCAGAAAAGAAAUCUCCAGCUCAGUGGUUGGAGGGCGUGCUGACGGUUCAUGGCAUGGAUUACCUGAUCUCACGGUUUGAGGGUGGAGGCCUCCUCUCCCAGCCCACUCUCAAGGAUCUAAUGGGCUCUUUCAGUGUGAGAGCUACCCUACAAUGGAUGGACCUACUGCUGGCUGCCCUGGACUGCUACAAUACUUUCAUUAACUUGCACAUAAUCAAGCCUCAUCACAUGCUUAGCUCCAAAGACAAGUCAAGCUUUCUGAAAGCCACAAGUUUCUUUUUGACCGAGCUGGCAACUCAUGAACUGGCAGCAGCAGAGAGCUGUUUUCCUCUUGGUGAGAAGACCUCUCACUUCAGCCCAAGAGAGGUGGAGCAGUACAACUACAACAAGUGCACCAUCAUUGUCCGACUGCUCGAGUUUGCCACCAUGAUUCUUGUCAAAGGAGACCAGGAGUAUUGGAAGCUUCUGGAACAAGAUAUCUUCAGCUUGGUCUUUUUUGAGCUCACAGCGAUGGUGGUGUGUGAGCCCUCCUCUGUAGGUUUCAAUAUGGCAGAUGUUGAGGUAAUGAAGAACCUACCAGAAGUGUGUGUUCCUUUGCUCAAGGCCCUGCUCGCCUCACCUUACCGCUCUCGUCUCGAAAGCAGCUUGCGGACAAGAAUUUCACGCAAAAGUGUAGAGGAGCUGUGUGCUGUGGACCUCUACCAUUCUGGCACCAUGAGCCGCCACGACCAGAUGGAAAUGGUUCUGUCCUCCUGUAAGCAGAUCCACAAAGCCGGCUUCCUCAGCUCCAUUCUGCAGAGCCAGGAUGCAGCUUACACCACAUCCCUUGGGUCCAGACUUCUAAUGACAGUGUAUAAGGGUAUAGCACCUGGUGAGGACAGGAAGGCACUUCCAUCCUUGGACAUAAAUACCAAGAGGCUAGCGGAUGACCUGCUUCAGCUCGCCUUUUCUCUCAGCCAACAGAGUGAACAGCUGGUGGACUUGUUGUUGAACACCAUCAUGCUUUCUGUACCAAUAUCUGGAAGCCACAGCAAUAAAUUCCUGAGUUUCUCACAUGGCGAGUACUUCUACAGCCUCUUCCACGUGACCAUCAACACUGAGCUGCUGAGAAGUCUGGACACCACAGUGCCACGCCUCAUGAAAGCCUCAUCUCUAAACCCCAGCAUGGUGAGUGUGUUACUGAAUGGCAUGAUGGACCACAGCUUCAGAGAGCGCUCUGUGAGGAAGACUCAAGGUCAACAGCUGGUUAAAGAGGUGCUAAGAAGAUGGGACAGUCUGCAGUCGUGGUGGGAAGGACAGUCUUGCACUCCGGAGAGCAAAACUGCCACUCUCCUGUUGCUCUCCAAGCUUCUGCAGAUCGACUCCUCUGUCUGCUCCGAUAUCAGCCAUGAAGCCUUCAGACAGGUGUUUUCCACUUUCACCAUGCUACUGGUCGACAUGAAUCUGCCACUGAAUCUCAAGAGUCAGGCACUGUUGGUGUUGCCCUUCUUCACCACCCUCCCAGAGGAGCCACUGGCGGAGCUUCAGAGAGCCCUCGACACCCUGGUAGCCUCCCACUUCCCCAUGCAGUCAGAUGAGUUCGCUAAGGGCUCCCUUCACCGCAACAACUACAUGGACUGUAUCCGAAAGUUACUGGAUGCUCUAGAGCUCUCGCAAAGCCCACUUCUGCUCAAGCUGCUGGUGGGGAUUCUGUGUCGAGACAGAAAACACAUCAUGGAGGAGCAAUUUCAAACCUGUUUCCAAAGAAUCGCCAAGCGGUCCAGCAAUGAGCGGCAGCUACAGCUGCUGUGUGCAGUGUAUAAAGUGAUCCAGCAGGGCGAUGUACCCAUGAGCUCCAUGCUGCAGGCCAUGAUGGAGAGAGUUCUGCUGACUCUUGCCUCUCACUGUGGCACCAAGGCCCUGAUUGACUUCUUUGUGGCAAAUAUCUCAGACAUAAUAGCUCUGUUGCUGAGUCGCUUCACUAAGAAUAGUGAAUCAUCCUUUGAGAUCCAGUUGCAGAAGAAGAAUGGCUGCUACAAGCUGAUGGAGCUCUUGUAUUCUCGGCUUCCCAAAGAAGAGGUUUAUUCUAAGGAAUCCCGCAUCAACCAGGCCUACUGUGGCUCAGACAGAACAGAGGGGAAUGAGCUAUCCAAGACGUUGAUCAAGUCAUGUUUUGAAGCAUUCACUGAGAUUAUGGCUGGUGAGACUCAGCUCCUUGAACUCAGGAGACAUUAUCACUGUGCUGCGUACAACUGUGCCAUCGCUGUCAUCAGCUGCAGCUUCAACGAGCCCAAAUUCUACCACGGCUUCCUCUUCAGUGAGAAACCAGAGAAGAAUCAGUUCAUUCUGGAAAAUAUCAUCGAUGUCACAAGGACCUACAACUUUCCGAUUGAAAUUGAGGUCCCACUUGAGCGAAAGAAGAGAUACAUCAUGAUCCGAAAAGAAAUGAACGAGGAGAAUGGAGGUAUUUAAGCACCGAUGUACCUGUCCUCUCAGUCAUACAUGGCUGACAGCAGUCUGAGUGAGGAGAUGAGUCAGUUUGAUUUCUCCACUGGAGUCCAAAGUUUUUCCUUCAGCUCCCAAAACCCUGAAGGACAAAGACGCACCAUUGCAAAAAGGGUUAGUCGUACAAACCCUGCUCAGGAUGCAAUGGUGGAUCUAGAAAUGGAUGAGCUAAAUCAGCAUGAAUGCAUGACAACCAUGACUGCUCUUAUUGGACACAUGCAAAGGAGCAACAUAACCCCCAAAAUUGAGCAGGGAAAUGUGCCCAGUGAACUUCCUCCAUGGAUGAAAUUUCUACACGGAAAACUAUCGAAUCCAGCCACACCUCUGAAUAUUAGGCUCUUCAUCUCAAAGCUCAUCAUCAACACAGAGGAGGUUUUUCGGCCUUAUGCCAAACACUGGCUGGGCCCACUCCUGCAGCUCGUCGUCUCUGGAAACAACGGAGGGGAGGGGAUUCAUUUCAUGGUGGUUGAUAUUGUGGUCACUGUGCUCUCUUGGACAAGCCUGGCCAGUCCAAAGGGUAACACCAGAGAUGAAGUGCUCGCCAACCGACUGUUUGAGUUCCUGAUGAGGCACAGCUUCCACUCCAAGAGAGCUGUUUUCCGCCACAACCUGGAGAUCAUUCGCACUCUGGUGGAGUGCUGGAAAGACUGUCUGCAUGUGCCUUACAGCCUGAUAUACGAGCGGUUUUGUGGCACCGACCCAAACAGCAAAGACAAUUCUGUUGGACUUCAGCUGCUGGGAAUCAUUCUGGCCAACAACCUCCCUGCUUACGAUGCCUCAUGUGGAAUUGAAUAUGACAGGUACAUCCAGUCUCUCACCAACAACGUUUCCUUUGUGAGGUAUAAAGAUGUCUACUCAGCCGCUGCUGAGAUCAUCGGCCUCAUCCUGAAGAGCAUGACUGAAAUGGACAACCGUCAUCAAGAACUUCUCACUCUUGCUGCAAGUAAGAUAACAAACCUGAAGAAAAAAGACAUGGAUGAUAAGUUCAUCAUUUGCUUGAACAAAGUGUCAAAACACUUUCCUCCAUUUAUUGACGGGUUUGUCAAUCACGUGUUCUACCUCCUGCCAAAGCUUCACGGCCUGUUAAAGACUCAUUGUUUGGAGUGCGUGCUGAGCCGAGCGGAUGUCAUCCCAGACAUCUUUCUGCAGCUUCAGACUAAAGGCUUCAUGCAGAUGAUGAGUCACAGGGAUGAAGUUAGACAGAGAGUAUGUCUGGAUAUCAUCCACAAGAUUAUUGUCCUCCUGAGUCCAGCUCAGCUUCAGGAGCUGCUGGGAGCCGUGACAGCUUUUGUCUCCCAUCCUUCACCAGCGUGCAGAGAGAGGAUGUACGACAUCCUCAUGUGGAUCCAGGACAACUACAGUGAUGAAGAGAGCAUGAAAGACAGCACCUCCCUGGAGGUUUUGAAUGCUGCUAAAGAAACACUACUUCAGGGACUGUCUGAAGAAAACCAAGGCCUGCAGCUUUAUGUUCGUAACUUCUGGAGUCAGGAGACUCGCCUUCCAACCGCGACCCUCGAGCGAAUGUUAACAGUGCUGCGUUCACUGUACUCCUGUCAAAUAGAAAGGUGUUUCUUAAGCUUGGCUACCAACCUGCUGCUUGAAAUGACCAGCCAGAGUCCUGACUUCAAACGGAACAUGUUUGAGUAUCCGCUGUCAGAGUGCACCUUCCAGGACUAUGUGAUUGAUUCCAACUGGCGCUUCAGGAGCACAGUGAUGACGCCGAUGUUUGUCGAAACCCAAAGCUCUCAAGGCCCGGAGAGUGUGGCGGCGUCCCAGUCUGGAACCAUGAAAGGGAAGCUGAGAGCCACUCAGACGUCACUACAGUUCACCCAAACCCAAGCAGCAGGUCGACGCACAUCAUAUAACUGGAUGACCGGCAGCAGUGUGGAUACACUAGCUGAGUACACACCUGGCUCCGAAUCUCUGUCUUCACUGAUGGUGUUCGAUAAGAAAGCAGAGAGGCAAGCGUCGGCGAGGAGACCAGUAGGAGAAGGUUUUGGUCUGAGGCGCCUCACAGCAUCAACAGAUGAGGUGGACAGUCGCACUAGAGAAAAUGAGCAACGUAAUAACAUCCUGAGACUGAGACGCAGGUUUCUUAAGGACCAGGAGAGAGUCAGCUUGGGUUUUGCACAAAAAGAAGUCCAGAAACAAAGGCAGAUGAAGGAGCAAAAAGCUGAUCAAAAACUGCGAAAGGAAGCUCAGGUGACUCUGUAUCGUAACUACAGAGUGGGAGACUUUCCAGACAUCCAAAUCCCAUACAGUAACCUCAUCACCCCCCUUCAAGCACUAGCACAGAGAGACCCGAUUUUAGCCAAGCAGCUGUUCAGCUCCCUGUUCGCUGGUAUUCUCCAAGAAAUGACAAAACACGGACAAAAAGGAGAGAGCGCCAGGGUUAAAGAGGAGCUGCGGUGCAACAUGAAUACAUUCCUGAGCAAGAGUACACUCUGCUUUCCACCGUUUAUAGCAUGUGUGCAGGACAUGUGUUACCAGAAUAAGGAGCUGCUGCAGAUCGAUCCCUCAGCCAUCAGCAGCACUUGCCUCAUGAGUCUCCAGCAGCCAUCGGGCAUCCUGCUGCUGGAAGAGGGCUUGCUGCAUGCUGGGGGCGGCGUCCAGGAUGAACCUCCUGCCAAACGCUCACGAGGACGCAAAGAAAUCCCCCCGGACACCAAAAAAUGGAUCCACCUUGCAAGGCUUUACAGAUCUUUAGAGGAUUAUGACGUCGUGCGUGGCAUCUUCGGUGGUAAAGUUGGGACCAAGUCGAUCACCUGUGCCGCUCUGCAAGCUGAAGCCAGCACUGACUUUGCUGAAGCUGUGACGCUGUACAAUGAGGCUCUGAACACUGAGGUUUGGAGUGAUGGUGAGCCCACUGAGUCUGAGAAGGAUUUCUGGGAAAUAGCUGCUAUGGAGGCCUACGGUCAUCUGAGUGAGUGGAAGUCUCUUCAGUACUGUUCCACUGUGUACAUCGAUGAAAAGUCCCCACCUGACCUUGACAAGAUGUGGUUAGAACCUCUUUACCAGGACAUGUACCUGCAGCACAUGAUCCGCAGCAUGUUGAAGCAGCUGCAGCUGGGCGAGAGGGAUCAAACUCUCCUCAGCUUCGUUGACAAAGCCAUGAAAGUGGAGGAGCGCAAAAAGCUGCUGGAAAGUCAUUACAGCCAAGAGCUCAGCUUGCUGUACAUCCUGCAGGAGGACUACGACCGUGCCAAAUACUACACCCACUACGCCAUGCAGCUGUUCAUGCAGAAUUACUCCAGUGUGGAUACGCUGCUGACUCAAAGUCGCCUGACCAUCCUGCAAUCAGUUCAGGCCUUGACUGAAAUCCAAGACUUCCUGGUGUUCAUUAAAGGAGAGGGUGAUCUUUUUUCUAUGACCUCCCUGAAGCGGCUCAUCAGAUUAUGGACCGAGCGGUAUCCUGAUGCUAAAGUGGAUCCAGUAAACGUGUGGGAUGAUAUCAUUACAUCUCGAUGUUUCUUCCUGGACAAGAUCAGGGAAAAGCUUAGAAGCAACGCUCCCAGUGACAGUAUGGAGGUGGACGGUGCAGAGGACCCAGCAGGUGACAUCGACGCAUUAGUAAAUGACUGCAAGUUCAACAUGAAGCUGCACAUGGCUGAUAGCGCACGGAAGCAGAACAACUUUUCUGUUGCCACCAAGCUGUUGAAGGAACUUCACAAAGACGCCAAAACAAACAGAGGCUGGCUCCGGCGCUGGGUCCACAGCUUUAGCUGCUACAACCAUAAACGCAGCCAGACUCAGGGUCCUGUGGAGCAAAUCAGUGCUAUGCUGAAGACUAUUCCACUUUUGGAUGACCUUCAGGCUGACUGUCAGAGUGCCACAGCUAAAGUAUUCAGGUACCAAAAGAUACUCCAGGGUACAUCUUUUAACAUCCUGGCUACAGCUGUAGGCAGAAGCCCCUCGGUCCUGGGAACUAUCGGAGCUGACAAAGCAGAGAGAGUUGUAAAGCUGUCCGGUGCUGCUUGGCCCACUCAAGAUGAAAAGGAAGUGGAAGUGGGGCUGCAGUUACAAGCGUUGAAGUUACUGUGUGAUGCUACCAGAAAGGCUGAUGAGGAGCUUCAGUCUUACACUCAGGAAUGUGUGGAAACUAGCAGCAUCAUAGACACGUACAUGGCUUUAGCUAACUUCUGUGACAAGCGAUUACGAGAGGAGGAGCAGAAUGACACUGACAACCAAUUUCCUGACCUGUUGGCACUGCCCAUUCAUGUGGUGGGGACCAUGUUGAAAGCACUGAAGAUGAACUCGGAGGAAGCUCGCCUUAAGUUCCCACGUCUGCUACAGAUCAUUGAGUUGUACCCCUCUGAGACGCUGGACCUCAUGACCAAAGAGAUGACGUCAGUUCCCUGCUGGAUGCUGAUUGGUUGGAUCAGUCAAAUGGUCGCCCUUUUGGACAAGCCAGAAGCCGUGGCGGUGCAGCACUGCAUCGGGCAGAUAGCAGAGUGCUACCCUCAAGCCCUGGUUUACGCUCUAAUGAUCAGCAGCGAGAGUUACCAGUUUGAGGACUCGGCUACAGGACACCAGCAGCGGGAAUUUGUCAGCAGGCUCAAGAGCAUGUUGGAUAAGGGAGGAGCUGUGAAGAAGUUUGUGGAUGCUCUGCAGCAGCUUACAAAUCCUGAGAUGAUUUUCAGGGAUUGGUGGGAUUAUGUGAAAAAUGAAUUGGACAAACCAAACUUUGACAAGAAGCGGAUGGGCAACUUGUAUGAAGAGAUGCACUCUUCACUCGUGGAUCGUAACACACAGGGUCACGGAAUGUUUCGCAAGAGAUUUAUCCAGAAAUUUGCUAAAGAUGUGGAAAAUCUGCUGGGACCUAAAGGCAACAAACUGCUGGACAAUAAGAAAGAUAAAAAAUUUAUGAGUAAGGUGGAGGAGCUGGCAGCAUCUAUGCGUGGAUUCCAGAAGGAACCAGGGAACCUGAAGGAAUACUCACCUUGGCUGAGCGGAUUUAAACCAGACCCGUUCAGUAAUGAGCUGGAGAUCCCAGGACAGUAUGAUGGCAGAUGUAAACCUUUGCCAGAGUAUCAUGCAAAGAUAACUGGCUUUGACGAAAGGGUAAAGGUGAUGUCCUCUAUCCGCCGUCCCAAACGUCUGAUCAUCCGUGGGGACGACGAGCGGGACCACCCCUUCCUGGUGAAGGGUGGCGAGGACCUCCGCCAGGACCAACGCAUCGAGCAGCUCUUUGCCGUCAUGAACAUUUUGCUGAGUCACGACACUGCCUGCACACACAGAGACUUGCAGCUCCGCACAUAUCAAGUCAUUCCCAUAACCACCAGAAUUGGUCUGAUUGAAUGGAUGGAGAACACCUGUACUCUGAAGGAGUUCCUGACAAGCACAAUGACUGAUGAUGAGCAGCAGAGGGCAGGGAGGUGUGUUGAAGUCUACAAUAAAUGGCUUUCCAGCUUUUCUUCUAAGGGGUUAGCUAUCACAUCAUACGCUGAUGCUUACAAGAAAGCGAAACGUGACAGUACCGUCAAAAAGUUUUUGGAGGUGAUGCAGCAUCUGCCCAGUGAUCUACUCAAGAGAGCUUUUCUGAAGAUGUGCAACAGCCCCGAGGCCUUUCUCUCCUUGCGCUCUCACUUCACCAGCUCCCACGCUUUACUGUGUGUGAGCCAUUGGAUUUUAGGGAUUGGGGAUCGCCACCUCUCCAACUUCAUGAUCAACAUGGAAACAGGAGGCAUGAUUGGCAUUGAUUUUGGUCAUGCAUUUGGUUCAGCCACACAGUUCCUCCCGGUGCCUGAGCUCAUGCCUUUCCGGCUGACCCGACAGUUUGUGAAUCUUAUGCAACCCUUGAGAGAGUCGGGUUUGAUCCAGAGCGUCAUGGUCCACUCCCUCCGAGCUUACAGGGCAGAGCCAGACCUCCUGCUCAACACCAUGGAUGUGUUUGUCAAGGAGCCCUCGCUGGACUGGAAGAACUUUGAGCUGAAGCAACUGAAGAAAGGAGGCACCUGGACCAAGAACGUAAACACCAAAGAAAUCAACUGGUAUCCCUUACAGAAGGUGAACUUUGCCAGAAGGAAACUCGAAGGAGCAAAUCCAGCAGCUAUAAUCAGCGAGGAGCUGAAGCUGGGCUUUGAGAAGGUCGAAGCUUUCUCCGGGAUGCAGUCGGUGGUUUUGGGCAUCCCAGAGCACAACAUCCGUGCCAGGCUUCCAGCUGCAGGCUUGUCGGUAGAGAAGCAGGUGGAUUGUUUGCUCGACCAGGCCACAGAUCCUAACGUACUCGGCAGAGUUUGGGCCGGCUGGGAACCGUGGGUCUGAUUCUUUGAAUUUAUGGAACAUUUUUGAAUAAUCUUUCACAAUAAUGGGGAAGAAAUUUUAUCACAGCGUUCAAAUAAUUAAUUAAUUGCGUUCAUCAUGUUAUCUCAUACUGAAGACCAGAAACCUAAAGUUAAGAUAUUGAGGUCUGCAAAAAAGGUUGAAAUUUGAAAAUUGUAACAUUGUGUAUGGAAACAGUAUGAGCAUACAAUACAACAUAAUUUGGACUUUUUCUUCUUCUUUUUCACUUCUACUCAAUUUGAAAGAUAUGUUUACAGCCAUUUAUUAAUGUUUUGUUACUUCAAUUUAAAAUAAAAAAUGU